UCUCAGUCCUUAUAAAAGCAGACACAGUGCAGGACUCAGCAGGAUUUGAACGGAGGGUCACUCUUUCAAGGUUGAAACAGAGGACACCUGUGAAGAUGACUCCAUCAGUUAUUUCUACUCUUCUUCUGCUGGCUUGUGCUCUCCCAUUCAAUUCUGCUCAGUCAAGCUGUAGUGGGAGAUGUGGAGGAGAGUAUUACAGGGGUUACAUGUGCCAGUGUGAUUAUGACUGUCUCACUCACGAGGAGUGCUGUAAGGACUACGAAUCCCAGUGCACCACCAGUGACUCGUGUAAAGGGCGGUGUGGCGAAUCCUUUAAGAGAGGCAGGCAGUGUGACUGUGAUCCGGACUGCGCUCGCUACAGCAAGUGCUGCCCAGAUUACAAGAGCCAGUGUGGUAUUGAAGACACCAAACAACCAGGCAGCACAACACCACUGAAGACUAGCUCAUGUAAUAACGUAAAUGAUGAAACACCAAAAGAGCCAGAGCCUCCCCAGAUCCAGCCAAAUGAGGAGCCAGAGAUGACUCCCAAUCCACAGGAGGAACUAAAUGAAGAUGACCAGUUCAUGCCAUUGGUCACUCCAGAACCAGAACUCCAGGAUGAACAGGGAGAUGAUGUAAAGGGUGAGACCUGGCCAGAACUCCCUGUUCCCUCUCCUGAGGCUGAGCAAGAGGCCAUUUUAGAGGGGGACUACACACCCUUCCCUGAGGAAUGGGAUCCAGAGGCAACACCUAGCCAAGAGGGGACCCCACCAGCAGAGGCCAACCCCUACCUUGCCGAACCAGCCAAGGAGGUUCCCACUGAGACAGCAGACUCCAGUGUUCCUGAGGGACAGCCUGAUUCCAGCAGCAGCCCGUCUGCAUUAGACACAACUCCCCCUAGAUCCUCCUCUGAGCCCACCCCUGCCUCCCCCCAGCCCUCCGACCAGGUCUUCCCGAGCUCAGUGCCCCAGCCUGGGCUUACUCCUGCAGAGGACACCCCUGAACUCCUAUCUGAAGGACAGAGUGAAUUGGACCCUGAGGGUCAGGAGGCCGAAUCUGAGAACACACUGCCAAAGGACUCUGAACCCAGACCCUCAAACCUAGAGAAUGCUGCCACCACACCAGCCUCCGACCCAACCUCUACCGGCCCCACACAGGGUACACCCUCAGGCCCAGAGGAUCCUGAGGCUACCCCUGCAUCUCUAGACAGCACCACCCCCUCCACCAAGCCUGACCAGACACCCAGUGCCCCUGAAGGAUCUACCCCAAGCUCAGAGCAGGACAGCUACAAGGAGAAUGCCCCAACAACCACCCCUUCAGACCCACAGGAUCCCAAUGCGGCCUCUGAGGCACCAGCAUCUGAUAGUGGUCCCGAAGCUAAACCUGGCAGAGUGGACACCCCAGAAAGUUUUGAUGACAGCAGUAUCCCCCAGACUGGAGAUCUGGCAACGCCUCCCACCUCAGAUCCUCAGGCCACAUCCACAGACCCAACGGGACAUGAAGAGGAAGGAGACAAGGCCGCACCAGAGGAGACCACUACAGACCCCAUGAAGCUCACUCUCGUCCCCACCAUCAAACCCACCCCCAACAAAACCACGGAGAAACCCAAGCCCAGUAAACCCACAGGGAAACCCAAGCCCAGUCCUACACGGCCCAGCACCCUCACUGAUAUCAACCAAGAUCUGGGCACAGACAACCCCAGGGACUACCAAGCAGAUGAACACAAUGACACCAACAUCUGCAGCGGUCGUCCCGUCGGCGCGGUGACUACGCUGAGGAAUGGGACCGUGGUGGUUUUCAGAGGACACUAUUUCUGGGUGUUGGACAGCAAUAGGGUGCCUGGACCUGCCCGUGGGAUCACAGACGUGUGGGGUGUCCCUUCUCCCAUCGACACAGUCUUCACCCGCUGCAACUGCCAGGGCAAGACAUACUUCUUCAAGGGUUCUAACUACUGGAGGUUCGAGAAUGGCAUGAUGGAGCCCGGCUACCCCAAGUUAAUCAGUGCGGGCUUCGAUGGGCUGCAAGGACAGAUCACGGCUGCCCUGUCUGUGCCAGAGUACCGCAAGAGGAGAGAGUCGGUCUACUUCUUCAAGAGAGGAGGCUUGGUGCAGAAGUAUUCCUACCAGUCUGGCAUCAGCCCUACAUGCGGCAGGAAGGUCCACUACUCUGUUUAUACCGUACGCAACCGUGUUGCUAGGCAAGCAGCGCCUCUGCUGGGACAGGAGAUCAACAUCCGUCUGACCUGGAGAGGCUUCCCGUCCACCGUGACCUCCGCCGUGUCCAUCCCCACCCACAAGAAACCAGAGGGAUACAACUACUACCUCUUCUCACGCUCCAAAUACUACAACGUCAAUAUGGGAGAUGAGCGACCUUUCAUAGCAACUCCCCCGGUGAGCUCUGCUCCCCAGAAGAACUCCGCCAAAGACUUUUUCAACUGUCCAAAGGAAGUUUGAGGAGAAACCGCAGGGACAUUCAAAAACAGAUUCACUGACACCAU